AUGCCCCCAGUAAACCCCCACCCCUCCUCCCAAACUCACUGCUCCCUCCCCUCUUCGCCCCCCAAAACCCUCCAACCAUCCAUGGAAGAACCUCAAGCCUCCCCAAACGCAACGCAAAUAGGGCCGGCCGCAAGUUCCAGGAGACGACACUCCGGCUCCGGCUUAAUCCCCGCUCCCCGCCUAGCCGCCGCAGAAGCCGGCGACGCGGACGCCUUCUUCAACCUCCUCUUCGACGGAGGGAUGUCCAGCGCUCAUCAUCACCACUUUCAACAAGCCCCUGAACAAUCCCGAUGCCGCUCAUCCCCCGGCACAGGAGCUAGUCCCUCUCUCCCGAAAAAGAAACAAACCCACAAUUCGGAAACAGCAGCCAAGAAAACUACAGGAGGACAACUAGGCAGACUUGAAAGUGAGGACGUCGAUGACGAAGAGUAUUACACGCCGAAUGAGGAGAUAGAGGAGGUGAUGAUGCAGUUUGGAACGGGCGGGGCGGGCGUGGAGAGGGGAAGUGUGGCGUUUGCGGGGGAGGUGGUUGAGGAGAGACGGAGAGGGGGAAGUGAUCGUCAGUGA